GCGCUUCGUUUUGUUCAGCAGCGCAGGCGUUGCCCCCUUUUGAAUGUUUGUUUGUUUCGCUUUCCUUUUGCCGUCGCGCAAACGACUCUUCCGCACGUUGUAGAGGGUCCCAGUCGAGAGCGGCGCGUCGAGACGAUGCGCACCGAGGAGUAGUGGAUCGAAAGACGAGGAGAACAAAAGGCGAGAGGACAGUGUGAAAGGUUUAACGGGGGUGGUCCACACCCCCGCCCCUCCUCCACCGCGGCGCUACCAAGUGUAAAAGUUGAAGGAUUGAAGACAGAAGCUGGUCUGAAAUUGCUAGUGUGAAUGAACGUACACUCACUGAGAGGAUAACAUUGGUGAAGCAUCUACGAAGCAGUAACCAUGGAGGACGGCCAUUGUAAAACCGUGGAAGAAGUGGUAAAUUACUUCAACGUCGAUCCUGACCAGGGAUUAAGUCCCGACCAGGUCAAAAGGAACCAGGAGAAGUAUGGUCUCAACGAAUUGCCAGCUGAGGAGGGAAAAUCCAUCUGGCAACUCGUCUUGGAACAGUUCGAUGACCUUCUAGUUAAGAUUCUUCUAUUAGCUGCUAUUAUUUCUUUUGUAUUAGCCUUAUUUGAAGAGCAUGAGGAUGCGUUCACGGCCUUCGUCGAACCCUUUGUCAUCCUGCUCAUUCUUAUUGCCAACGCCGUGGUCGGUGUUUGGCAAGAACGAAAUGCCGAGUCUGCGAUUGAAGCGCUCAAGGAGUAUGAACCCGAAAUGGGUAAAGUUGUACGAUCGGACAAAUCUGGCGUUCAGAGGAUUCGGGCGAAAGAGAUCGUGCCUGGAGAUAUUGUAGAGGUGUCGGUCGGCGACAAGAUCCCAGCCGAUAUCCGUCUAUCCAAGAUCUUCUCGACUACUCUCAGGAUCGAUCAGUCUAUUCUGACUGGAGAAUCGGUGUCCGUGAUCAAGCACACUGAUGCUAUACCCGACCCACGCGCUGUCAAUCAGGAUAAGAAGAAUAUCUUAUUCUCUGGUACCAAUGUCGCUGCCGGAAAGGCUCGUGGUAUCGUUAUUGGAACUGGAUUGAACACCGCCAUUGGUAAGAUCCGUACAGAGAUGUCGGAGACUGAGGAGAUCAAGACACCAUUACAGCAGAAGUUGGACGAGUUUGGCGAGCAACUGUCGAAAGUUAUUUCCGUGAUUUGCGUUGCCGUAUGGGCUAUCAACAUUGGCCACUUCAACGACCCGGCUCACGGUGGUUCCUGGAUUAAGGGUGCCAUUUACUAUUUCAAGAUCGCCGUCGCUCUCGCCGUAGCUGCUAUUCCCGAAGGUUUACCUGCUGUGAUCACGACUUGCUUAGCCCUGGGUACCAGGCGUAUGGCCAAAAAGAACGCUAUCGUACGAUCUUUGCCGUCCGUAGAGACUCUAGGUUGCACGUCCGUCAUUUGUUCGGACAAAACUGGCACUCUGACGACUAAUCAGAUGUCCGUUAGCCGAAUGUUCAUCUUUGACAAGAUUGAGGGUAAUGAUAGCAGCUUCCAUGAGUUUGAAAUCACCGGCUCAACUUAUGAACCCAUCGGCGAAAUCUUCUUGAGAGGGCAAAAGAUUAAAGGACAAGAUUAUGAAACAUUACAUGAGAUUAGUACAAUCUGUAUCAUGUGCAACGAUUCUGCUAUUGACUUUAAUGAGUUCAAGCAAGCAUUCGAGAAGGUCGGCGAGGCCACAGAGACCGCUCUGAUCGUUCUUGCCGAGAAAAUCAAUCCGUUUGGAGUCCCGAAGAGCGGUCUGGAUCGUCGAGCUGGUGCCAUUGUUGUCAGGCAAGAUAUGGAAACGAAGUGGAAAAAAGAAUUUACCUUAGAGUUCUCACGUGAUCGCAAAUCCAUGUCGUCGUACUGCGUGCCUCUGAGAUCAUCGAAACUGGGAAAUGGACCGAAGCUGUUCGUCAAGGGUGCGCCGGAAGGUGUAUUGGACAGAUGUACGCAUUGUCGCGUCGGUGGUCAGAAGGUCCCUCUUACUUCGACCCUCAAGAACCGCAUUUUAGAUCUGACCCGUCAAUACGGAACUGGUAGGGAUACCCUGCGCUGCCUCGCUCUCGCUACCGCCGAUCAUCCGAUGAAGCCCGACGAUAUGGAUCUAGGCGACUCCACUAAAUUCUACACAUAUGAGAAAGAUCUUACGUUUGUGGGUGUGGUAGGCAUGCUCGAUCCACCUCGCAAAGAAGUAUUUGAUUCGAUUGCUAGGUGCCGCGCUGCUGGCAUUCGCGUAAUUGUUAUCACUGGUGACAACAAAGCCACUGCCGAAGCCAUUUGCCGACGUAUUGGAGUCUUCGGUGAAGAUGAAGACACCACCGGCAAAUCGUACUCUGGACGUGAAUUCGACGAUCUACCGAUGGCGGAACAGAAAGCAGCUUGUGCCAGAGCUCGCCUUUUCUCUCGCGUAGAACCGGCUCAUAAGUCGAAGAUUGUGGAAUUCUUACAAAGCAUGAAUGAAAUUUCUGCUAUGACUGGUGAUGGUGUGAAUGAUGCUCCUGCCUUGAAAAAGGCUGAGAUUGGUAUCGCUAUGGGUUCGGGUACUGCUGUCGCGAAAUCGGCUUCGGAGAUGGUGUUGGCAGAUGACAAUUUCUCUUCCAUCGUAGCCGCUGUAGAGGAAGGUCGUGCCAUCUAUAAUAACAUGAAACAAUUUAUUCGUUAUCUAAUUUCUUCCAACAUUGGCGAGGUCGUCAGUAUAUUCUUGACCGCCGCCCUAGGUCUUCCCGAAGCACUGAUUCCGGUUCAACUUCUCUGGGUCAAUUUAGUCACUGAUGGUCUUCCCGCUACUGCUCUCGGUUUCAAUCCACCCGACUUGGACAUUAUGAGCAAACCUCCUCGCAAGGCUGACGAAUCUCUGAUUUCUGGAUGGCUGUUUUUCCGUUAUUUGGCUAUUGGCGGAUAUGUAGGCGCUGCUACUGUCGGUUCGGCUGCUUGGUGGUUCAUGUACAGUCCAAAUGGCCCUCAAAUGAAUUACUACCAAGUGACUCACCAUUUGGCAUGUGUUGGUGGUGGAAGUGAAUUCAAGGGUAUUAACUGCAAGAUCUUUGCUGAUCCUCACCCCAUGACUAUGGCUCUCUCUGUGUUGGUCACUAUUGAAAUGUUAAACGCCAUGAACAGCUUGUCUGAGAAUCAGUCGCUUAUUACCAUGCCGCCUUGGUCCAACAUGUGGCUCAUCGCAUCCAUGGCUCUUUCUUUCACACUCCAUUUUGUCAUCCUGUACGUCGAUGUUCUUUCGUCCGUAUUCCAAGUGACCCCGUUAACGGGUGAAGAAUGGGUUACCGUUAUGAAGUUCUCCAUUCCAGUGGUACUUCUCGACGAAACCUUGAAGUUCAUUGCCAGAAAGAUCACAGACGGUGAGAAUCCAAUUUACACCGUGCAUUGGAUCGUUCUAAUGUGGGCUGUGUUCUUUGGACUGUUGCAUAUUUGUCCCAUAUAGAACGUCCGUGAAAUAAUAAUAUUAGUCUAGCAGAUGAUGUUUUUUUCCUAUGGAAAAGCAUCCGCGACUAAAUCCUUGGACUCGCAAUUUGCAUUUAACCGAAGCUCUUCCCACCGUGACGCGGGAAGGCGCGAGAUAAGUUAUUAACAGAGUGCGUUCAAGUGAGAUUUUAACAAGUUUGACUGUUGUGCAUGGUGUUAGUACGAUUAUAUAUACGAAAUAUGCCACUAAGGCCCACCAUGCCCGCAUCACACACCGUACCCUGACGUCGCUCACAACGAUCACGGGUUUCGAGUGGCAUCGAGUGAUCUAAGAGAGACCCCGUCGUAAAUCAAAGAUGUGAUCGUUAAAUUAUUUUCUACGAGUGCCUUUUGAACAUUGAAUUUCCUCUGCAACAAACACGAAACUGUUUAUAGAUGUUCUUUCCGAUAUAGAUAUUUCCGAUAUGUUCGACGUCCUAAUCCUCCUCCUUUCUUGUUGCACUAUUAUUUAUAUUUUGUUUUAUUUUCAUGCACGUUUCGGUAUAAUUAGCAAUACAUAAAUUCUGGUAACUGUAGCAGCUCCCGAUAGAAUAUUAACACAAUUGAAACCUACAUUAAUUUAUGCAUGCCUUUCAUCUGUGUUUCUCGCCGAGAAUAAUAAAGUUACGACGUAAACUUUUAUAUCUUUGCAUGUUUGAAGCGUAUUAUUGGAUUUUGAUCGAUUUUAGAAAGUACAAAGUAGUUUGCUUGCUAACAAUACCGAGGAUUAGUAACUUCGGUUAUAGCGCAAACAAACGCAUUUGCGACUAUAAUUUUCAUAGAGUAAUACGCACGUUUAUACAUACAACGAAGACAAUAAAACAUUCGGCGGAAAUACAGAUAGAACGGACAGUAAUAAUAGUUUAGUAUUUAUCUUCUGAUUUUAUUUUCAGGCUCAAUUUAAUGCACGCACACAACAAAUUAGCACAGUAUUUGGUUAAUGUGAUUAACAUAUCUCUCAUUUAUUAAAUAUUACUUUACAUUUACACAUUUCUUUUUUGUUGCUUUUAAUGUUGCUUGUUAUAAAUUACAUUUAUUACUGAAUUCUUAGUGUCUGAUGUGCCUGUUUCUACUCUGAAGUCAGAACUGGAGCUGUCUAAGCGUUUGCUGAAAUUUCAAGAAAAUGCAAGGACUUCGCACUAACGGAUCUCAUUUUGUAUCUUGCAUCCCGUGUCUUCCUUCCCAUAGAGAUAUAUGCAUGCACGGUGCAAUUAACACAGCACGUUUUUGUAAGAUCCUUUCUUAUUGUAAUCUAUUUUUUCCAAUUAUAUUAUUCUCUGCUGUGCCGAUCAAUGCGCCCAUGCGAUCAAAUCAAUCAUUUUAACAUUACGCAUCAUUCAUAUUUAUAUCAAGAUAUAUUCUUAAUAUUUAUAAGCGAAAACUUUAUUUUUAUCGAAUGAUAUCUUUGUGAUUCAUUCUUCUACCAGAGGUUUUUCUAUUAAAAUUUUGUAAAUAUCUACAUAAUCGAUACUUUUAGAUUAGAUGAUAGUGAAACACAUUGUCACAAAAUUAACGAGGAUUAAUCGCGAUUGGCACGGCAGGGUUUCUUCUAAUUUCUUGCAUUGGCUCGAGAACACAAUAUCUGUUUCCCUAUUAUAACCUGUAUGUGUGAUUUAUGUAUUUGAAAGAUUAUGCAAUACAACAGAUAAUUUCUGGAUAUGGACUGCAAAGACUCGUAAGUGUAAGAUAAGGCAAUCGUUAAGCAGAGGAAAAUAGUUGACCUCAUUACCUCUCUCGUACGCUCGAAACUGAUGGGGCAGUCCAUAGAUUUUUUAAUGCUGCGUUCGUUUAUGUUAAUUUGAGCAGUGUUCCGAACGUAAUUCAUUGUCAGAAUUGAUUAUCCGUUUUUAUCAAUAGUGAUAUCGAAUAGCUACAUUAAUCCUAGAAUUAAUUAAACUACUCCUCUCUCUCUCUUUUUUUUUUUUUUUUUUUUUUUUUAUUAUUUAUAAAUUUAUUCUUCAUGAUAAUUGCAUGAUAAUAGUGAUAGCUAGGCGCAUCUAUUUUCUGUUCUUGGUUCCCGAAAAUCUGUUCAUAUUUAAUUUUUUUUUCAAAUUAAAAGAGUAAAAAAAUUCGCGAGUAGAAGAAUAGUCUUGAUCCAUAAUCGUCUUAUAAGUUAUUUAAAAUGUUGAAAAAUAUUUAUGGAUACGCGUUAACCUAAUUAAAUUAAUUGAAUUAAUAAUGUCGAAGAAGUCGAUUUUUUAUCGGUAACGAAAGAAUUUGAGGGAUGAUGUGCUAAAUACAUAGUAAAAGGAAAUUUGACUAGUGGCUCUUUCACAUACAGAAUUUUGUUAAGGAUCGGCGAUAAUCCUACAUCAUUGAACCGUAAUAGUUUUAAUAAAGUCAUUUGUUUACAUGUAAGUUACAAGGGAUCUCUCUUACCUUCCCGUUUGUUUUCUCAUUUCCAACGUCACGGUCUCGGAUGAUUGUUCCGAUCCUUCGAAUUUUUGUAUUGAGAGCAAAUUUAGUCCAUAAUUACAGUCGAGAUUGAGUGAACGCGAAUUCGGUCACUGCCUUAGCCACAUAACGAAACGAAUAAUCGGUGUCGUCACGAGUACGUGGGCCUUCGAUAUAUCUGGCUGCUUAGUCAGUUUAUCCUUCGGAGCGUAUCCUGUCGGUGAGAGCGACCGCUAAUUAAGAAAGGAAGGUGGAAAUCGAUAAAACGCUAGUAGAGAUGGCAACUUCUCGAUUCUCUCUUCCCGUUUGCUUAUGUAAACUCAUUAUCUCUCACGAGACGAAAUAUUUCCAACUUGACCUCUGUCUCUAAAUUACGAUCGCUGAAAAAUCACUGAAAUCGGUGAAAAUACAUUGAUUUCAGUGGUAUACUUAUAACUUGUCAAUUAGUGAAAUAAAUAUACUGAUCUUUCAGUGAUUAAACACCAAUCUAAAGUAAAAAUUACUAAAAAUCAGAGAGAUACUCACUUAAUUAUCACAGUUAUAAGUCUUGCUGCAAAUCAGUAAAAAUACACUGACUGCAAUUUAAAGAGCUUUCCGCCACGUUUCAAUGAGAAAAACAAAGUCGGCAAGAAGGCAAGAGGACAGUGUAUCGUCACGUGAGAGACCGCAAGUUUAAAGCGGUUCGCGCUCGCGUCGGCAGCGCACGAUCCAAGGUGUCAUCCAGAUCUUCGUAGAUAUCGCCGUGAUUCGGCCGUUCGCGAUUCAGCGCGCGAGAAACGCAGCGCGCGAGACGCUUCUCCGCAAAACACGUGCAAACGUAACAAGACUGACGAUGUGUUCCGGAGAGAAGCGGACGCGUUUUCCCCGCUGCGUUUUCCUCUUUUUCUUUUUCCCCCCCUUCUUCUUCGGUACGCGACGCAUGAUAGUUUAAAUUGCGCCGUACUCAUGGCGCUUCAGGAAUCGGCCGUGGUCGCGCGGCGCGACAUUGUAAUAUAAUGAGUUAAUUAAUUAGUAACGGUUAAGGCGUGAUACUUUGGUAUGGGCAUAAUUAAAACUUAAUCAAGACCGAACGAGUUAGCGCUGUCGCACUAACGAACUUCUGUCUCGAGUAGUGUUUCGUUCCGCAAUUUAAUUUUUAGCGGGAGAUGAAGCUACCGGCCUUGCAUCCCUGCGAUCGAUGUGACCUGUGCCGCGAUCCUCGGCUUCUGCGUCACCCAAAAGAUCAUCCAAAUGAAUUCCGCGCGGACGAGUAACCGGAAGGUGCACGUGAUAUUUUUAAUUGUCGUUUGUGAAAGGGAUCUCUCGCGAUCCAAACGUUUAUGUUAACUGAGAUUUUUGAACCGAAUUCGAAUUUCUUCAGAUAUUAUUCUCCCGUUAGUCCCGAGGCAUCCCGGGAAAUACAUGUCAUGUUUACUCACCGUGGUACAGAACAAUGGAUGCGUUGCUCAUUCGAAUGUCUGAACGUUUGUUCGCGUAACGGUUGGCUUGAUUGGCACGAUUAUCAAAGCACAGGUAUACGCUCGUGGGGAUCAAUGCCGGUGCGAAGAGUCUAAUGCAGUUCUCUGUGACGCUCAAUAAGUUCGACGAAGUUGAUCGGGGAGUACGGAUGCAGGCGGCCCUCGAGCGACGGAUCUCGAAAACGCGUGGAAGCACCGCUCUGAAUUUUUUUGUGCAUCAUUGUAUUCGAAAGUCCGUAAUCUUGAUAUUCUUGGCGAAGUAAUUAUAGAGACGUACAGAUCUGUAAUUAAAUUUGAGAAACGUUGCUUCUCUUUGUUGUUAAAUGUACCUCAAAAUUUUUUUCUUUUUUCGGGAUUUGUCACUUAUCGCUCCCCCGCAUCCUCACCUCCAACCUCGUUCACGAUGUAUCUGUAAGUACUUGAGUGUGCAUUGUAUUUUACGUUGACCGAGAAUGACGGGUUAGUGUCAUCACGACGAGAAUACACUGCGCGACGUCACGCAAACAUCGAUGCGACUAAAAAGUGGAAUCCUAGAAUAAUUCAGUACAAAACGACGCUACGUAAAAGAAAAUAAUGGUUUAUAUUUAUUGUAUCUGUUCGCAUAUAUAUAUUACAUAUUUAUUAAUUAUAAUUUAUUGAUCGCCAUAAAAUGAAUUAUACGUGUGCCGAGAGUUAAACGACUCAUCGACAGACAUCUCUCAUUGAUCCUUGUGUGACGUUGACAAUCGUGGUGUUCAGCGAUGAUGAGACUACUAAUCAUGUCGUUUCCUUCAGGAAGUACCUAUUUCUCUAACGAUAAUUGAAAUAAUAUUAAUAUUAACUUAUGAAAUAACUGUAACAUCGAGUAUAUACAACUCGCCGCGGAGCGCGUUCGCGGCGAAAAACUAGCCGGGAAUAUAAUUCCGGAUAUAAAUCAGACUAGAGACGGAGAUAUUAAAAAAAUAGAGAAAGAAUAAAGAGAAAUUGUAUACACGAAUCCGACUGUGUUGCGCGCGUUACGUGUCCAGUCUAUGCAUAUGCGAUAAGUACAACAUAACGUUAUCAUGUAAUUACCGCGCCGUUCCUCCGUGUUGGCGUUCGCAAUUUUGUUUUAUUUAUCGUCCGAUUUGCCUUUAUCGUGUAUUCAAUUGGAAUUCCGUACGGAGAGCGACAUUAUAACAAGUGAGAGACUAUGAUGACGGAAUUAUAUAUAAUGCAUUACUUGUUAUAAUAAAAGACUCAUGUGUUACUAAUGCGUUUCUCGAUCCUCCGAUUGGCCUACUAAUUGAAGCAACAAUUCUCGCUUAAAAUUCGGCGGCUGUUGCCAUCGAAAAAAAAAGAAAAUCGAGCACCUAGUACGACUAAUGUCGUAAUAGGUGUUCGGUUUAGUUCUGUCCCCGCCUAAAACUACUUUAACUUUUCGACUUUUUCUCUCUCGUUGUCUGUUAUCCACCCUACCACAUUCCAAAUGUUCAUUGUAACUGCAGCUGGCUUAAGACAUUCAGACAGUUGGUGGGCCGGAGUUGCAUGAGGUUACAGGAUUACUGAAUGUACAUUUGAAAUUCAGGAGGGAAAUUAAAUUCCUGUUUCAUUCGUAAUUCCUUUCUUUCGUAAAAAAUCGAGUUGAAAUUUCAAGUUUCGAAACGAUAUAUUUUUAAAAUUAUAUCUAGGAUAAAAUCGAAUUAUACUCAGCAAUUGUUAAUGAGUUAAAUUUUAAAAAAUGUACAAUAAUUCCAAAACGUACGUAUAAAAAAUAUUUAGUUUUUUUAGCAUAAUAAAAUUAUAGAUAAAUGGCCCACUUAUUCAAUGAUUAAGGCAGCUCUCUGCUUGUAUAACCCUUACGAUUUUUUAAAACAAAUCGAAAGAAUUCUCAAGGACUUGGGCAUCAUCUUGUACAUCUCAUCACCGCAUCUGUGUGUGUUGAGGCAAGAGAUUUCGGAAAA